GGAGCAUUUGGAUCCCAAUACCUCUCUAGCUUCGUCUUUGUAUGUGAUUUCUCUCUCUCUCUCUCUCUCUCUCUCUCUCUCAAAAUCUGCAUUAUUCAGCUCAGUGCUGAUACUCUUUUGGCCUGCAUAAUCUGUUAUAGGUGUAGCAUUUUGGAUCCUGCAGUUUCCAAAGCGAUCAGAUCGGAGAUGUCGGAUGUUUCCGGUGACGGAGAUGUGUCGGCGACGGUAACUGAGCAGGCUGCAUCGUAUCCGUCACUGACGGUGUCGGCGUCUUACAAAGAGAGCGGCGGAGGCAAAAGCUCCACUAAGCGAAGGCCAAUUAGGCCGAGCUUCGACGCUGCGGCGGACAAUGAGUUCAUCACUCUCCUCCAUGGCUCGGAUCCAGUGAAGGUGGAGCUUAAUCGACUAGAGAACGAAGUUAGAGAUAAGGAUCGGGAGUUGGGAGAAGCACACGCUGAGAUCAAAGCGCUAAGGUUAUCUGAGAGGCAGAGAGAGAAAGCUGUUGAAGAGCUUACUGAGGAGCUUGCUAAGUUGGAUGAGAAGCUCAAGUUGACUGAAUCCAUUCUCGAAAGCAAAAAUCUAGAAAUCAAGAAAAUCAAUGAGGAGAAGAAAGCCUCAAUGGCUGCACAGUUUGCUGCUGAAGCCACCUUGAGAAGGGUCCAUGCUGCUCAAAAGGAUGAUGACAUGCCUCCAAUUGAAGCCAUCCUUGCUCCAUUAGAAGCUGAGCUUAAGCUCGCACGAUCAGAGAUUGGGAAGCUUCAAGAAGAUAACAGGGCUUUGGAUCGUCUGACUAAAUCAAAGGAAGCUGCUUUACUUGAUGCUGAGAGGACCAUUGAAGGUGCCCUGGCGAAAGCAGCCAUGGUUGAUGAUCUUCAAAAUAAGAACCAGGAGUUAAUGAAACAAAUCGAAAUCUGUCAGGAAGAAAACAAAAUUCUAGACAAAAUGCAUAGGCAGAAGGUUGCUGAAGUGGAGAAGCUCACUCAGACAGUACGGGAGCUCGAAGAGGCAGUUCUUGCGGGUGGGGCUGCUGCAAACGCCGUGAGGGAUUACCAACGGAAAUUUCAAGAGAUGAAUGAAGAACGGAAAACUCUUGACCGGGAGCUUGCACGUGCAAAGGUUACAGCAAACAGAGUUGCCACGGUGGUAGCAAAUGAGUGGAAAGAUGGUAACGAUAAAGUGAUGCCUGUGAAGCAAUGGCUUGAAGAAAGAAGGUUUCUACAGGGAGAAAUGCAGCAACUUCGCGAUAAGCUUGCCAUAACAGAUCGAGCUGCUAAAUCCGAAGCACAGUUAAAAGAAAAGUUUCAACUGCGGCUUAAAGUGCUUGAGGAGACACUUAGAGGAACUCCAAGCAGCACCACCACCAGAACCACAUCCGAGGCAAGAAGCAUGAGUAACGGACCCUCUCGCAGGCAGUCGUUUGGUGGAGCUGAGAACUUACAAAAGUUUCCAUCAAACGGUUCUUUUUCGAAGAAACCUUCAGCCUCUCAGAUGAGGCAUUCCUUAUCUGUUAAUUCCACUGUUGUGUUGAAGAAUGCUAAAGGAACAUCUAAGUCAUUCGAUGGAGGCACAAGAUCUCUGGACAGAGGUAAAGCACUUUUAAACGGUCCUGGGAAUUAUUCUUUCGGCAAGACUUCUGAUGACUCUAAGGAACCAGAGUCGGCUAAUGGGUGGAAAGAAAAUUCAGAGGAUAAGGCCGAAAGUGAAAGCCCUGCAGCAGCAGCAGCUGAAGACAGUGUCCCAGGUGUUUUGUACGAUUUGUUACAGAAAGAAGUAGUUUCUUUGAGGAAAGCCUCUCAUGAAAAAGAUCAAAGCCUCAAAGACAAGGAUGAUGCCAUUGAGAUGCUGGCGAAGAAGGUGGAAACAUUAACAAAGGCAAUGGAGGUGGAAGCGAAGAAGAUGAGAAGGGAAGUUUCUGCGAUGGAGAAAGAAGUUGCUGCAAUGCGAGUGGAGAAAGAUCAGGACAUCAGAGCCAAAAGGUUUUCAAAUAGCAAGAGCUCAUCCAACACUGCCCAGAUUCUUGCGGGAAGAGCUGCUGGAAGAAGUGGGUUAACGAAGAGUACCCAGUGA